AUGGUUGCUACUGGACAUAAUGUCGGCAUCGCGUUUGCGCUCAACAUCGCCGCCGGCCUCGCCACGUGCAUCGGCGGGUCGGUCGUGUUCAGCAAGAGCCUCGUGCACCUCGCGAGCCCCAAGAGUCUGUCGGUGGCGCUCUCCCUGUCAGCGGGGGUGAUGCUCUUCAUUUCGCUCGUGGAAAUCUACGGCAAGAGCGUCGAGGGGUUCACGGCGGGCCUUGGCGAGGACAACGCUGACGGCGAGUACGAAUGCGACCAGACAUGCCAGGGCAACUCGUGGCUCGCGGGUACGGCGUGCUUUGUCACGGGCUUCUGCAUCAUCUACGUCAUGGACUGGAUUGUGCACAAAAUCUCGCCCGACUUUUCUGACGAACUCGACGUGGCCGACCUGCAGGCGCUCGAAGUCGCCGUGGACCCGACGCUUCCCCACUUCCACGCCACGGGCACCCCCGUCGCCAAUUCCAAGCUCGACGACGAAAAGACCAUCAAGUUCAACGCCAAGUCCCGCCAUCAGCUCAACCGGACGGGGGUCCUCACCGCCGUGGCCAUUGCAAUCCACAAUCUCCCCGAAGGCGUCGCCACAUACAUCGCAGCCAUGCGCGACGUGCGCGUGGGGGCGGUGCUCGCCAUCGGCAUUGCGCUGCACAACAUCCCCGAGGGCAUCGCCGUGGCUACGCCCGUGUACUUUGCCACGGACAGCCGGUGCAAGGCGUUCCUGUGGACGUUCAUCUCUGCGCUGGCCGAGCCUAUCGGCCCUCCCGGAGGAGUGUCUUAA